AUGCGAUGCGCGAGCAAGGCCGCCGAGAGCGCGUCCGCACGUCUCUGUGCGGACGCCGAAGCAGAAACCGCAGCAACUGAUGUCUCAUCGGUUGCUGAAGCGACUCAGCCUGCGUCCUCUGGUGAUGCAGGCGCUCGUCAUGAAGACACUCAUGUCUUCACAGAGUAUGAGCUCGGUGUCUCAUACUCUCCUGAUACAGAAGACGGAUCCGUAUCGACGGCGAUCAAAUCCAAGCCGCCUGCCAAGCUUGGCAUGGAUGAUGCUAUGCGUCGCAGCAUCUUUAGUUCAUCUGAUGAAUCAGAUGAACCAUCGCCGAAGCGUAGGCGCUCGAGGUCGCGAGACUCGGGCGCUAACAGUGGUGUCGGUUCUCCUAUGGACACCACUUCGCAACGAGGUACCAGUCCUUCUGUCGGCACGUCGCAGGAAGUGCGGGACCGCAAUGUCUUGCAUCUCGCUCCUGAGAAGAAGGCAUGGAUGCCUCCUAAAAUCUGUCAUGGAUCACUUGUCGGCGACGACGAGUGA